AUAUGCCAGCAGGCUAUUGGCUGAAAUCUCGGGCCUGCCAACGUAGCUCUUGCUCUUCAUUGGUUUCGGAAGCCGUCUGUCUGGAACUCGAAGCUGUACAGUUGACAUGGACUUGGCUGGAGGUCCCGCAGAUUCAGCACGGAGAGCCCCAUAAUACUGGAAAUCGCGCAGUUCGUCUGCCUUUCCGAACAGAUCGUUAUAAAUUCGGGAUUCGCUAUUCGCAUCGUCAGCUUGUCACCCAGAGGAAUCCGAGGAUGGAGCUGAAUUCUCUGUCGAUCCUCCUGGAAGCGGCGCAGUAUCUAGAGAGGAGAGACCGAGAAGCAGAGCACGGCUACGCGUCCGUUCUGCCGUACGACAGCGGCUUCCCCGGGAAGAAAGCGAAGGAUUCGCCCCUGUCGAGGAAGACCCAGAGCACUAGGUCGUCGCACAAUGAGCUGGAGAAGCACAGGCGAGCCAAGCUGCGGCUGUACCUGGAGGAGCUGAAGCAGCUGGUGCCCCUGGGCCCAGAGAGCAGCAGGCACACCACGCUGAGCCUGCUGAAGAAGGCCAGGGUGCACAUCAAGAAGCUGGAAGAGCAGGACCGCAAGGCUGUGAAUGUGAAGGAGGCCCUUCAACGCGAGCACCGCUACCUCAAACGACGCCUGGAGCAGCUCUCCGUCUCCGGCCUGGAGCGCGUCCGCACGGACAGCAUGGGCUCCACCAUCUCCACGGACUCCGAGCAAGAGGUGGACAUCGAGGGCCUGGAGUUUGCACCGGCUGAGCUGGACAGUGUGGGCAGCGUGAGUGAUGGAGAUGAUCGCUACGGCUCCCAGGACGGCAGCUACACACAUCCUCACAGACUGCAGCACUGCCUCUGACUGCCCCCACAUUGCCCGGACCCUGCCCCCAUCAAGCCUGUCUGCGAAACAUCAUUCCUUCAGCCCGGACAGCCCGGACCAGCACCUUCCUGGCCCCAGUGCUGCUCGGCACACUCCCACGUGGGGCCCGUGGCCCCCUCACUGCGUGCCAUGGGGUCCCUGCAGCCUCCAGUAGGAAAGCAGCUCACAGCUCAUUUACUGCUGUGUAUGGGUUCGAGUAGCCGGAGAGGACCAUGUAUGUAUGUAUGUAUGUAUGUAUGUAUGUGUGUGUGUAUGUAUGUGUGUGUGUGUGUGUGUGUGUGUGUGUGCGUGUGUGCGUGUGCGCUUUACAGUAUAAAACUUAUGUAUUUGUAAGAUCACAGUGGAGAGACCUGACGAGACUGAUAAGAGUCUUUGGCUGAUUCUAGUCACGCCUGCCAAUUGUUAGUAAGCUGCUCACUCUCGCCUGACCCACAUGACAAAAGUGUAUCAUUAGAAAUGGUCACAUGACGCUCAACUGAGCCAAACAUUCCAACUGUAGCUUUAACUGGAGCUUAUAAACAAAAACGGUGCAUCUGAACUGAGGCAGCUCUACCUGCUGCCCAGGAUUAAAACAAAUGUCCAGCUGUAGCCUGAUGUAGCAUCAAUAAGACAGACAGGUGGGGAGAGUCUGGCUGGGGAACACAUCUCUGUCCCCCCCCAUCUGAGGUCUACCCUGCGCAGUACAGGCAGUACAGGCGUGAUUCCUGGCAGAGAUGAACUCAGGCCUAGAUGUGGUUUGUGUGUGUGUAUCUGUGUUUGCCUGUAUGUGUCUGUCGUGCGUAUCUGUGUGUUUGCCUGUAUAUGUCUGUCGUGUGUAUCUGUGUGUUUGCCUGUAUGUGUCUGUCGUGUGUAUCUGGGUGUUUGCCUGUAUAUGUCUGUCGUGUGUAUCUGUGUGUUUGCCUGUAUGUGUCUGUCGUGUGUAUCUGGGUGUUUGCCUGUAUGUGUUUGUCGUGUGUAUCUGUGUGUUUGCCUGUAUGUGUCUGUCGUGUGUAUCUGUGUGUUUGCCUGUAUGUGUGUGUUGUAUGCAUGUGCAAAUGACACUGACAUGUCCUGUGUUUUACACAAAACAGCCUUGACAUGCAUACAGCUAAACAUGCUACUUUCUUGAAUCAGAGGGGCUUCUGGGCCACCUGCACAGGGUCACACUGGCUCUCCACUGGCUGCAGGUGGCGCCACUGCCCCUCCAGUGCUGUGCAGUACCUGCUUAGUGUGACCAGCUUAUCCUUGUAAAUGACCAGCCUGUCCAGGAAGGUCUUCUAAAAAGACAAACUAACAAAAUCAAGUAUACAGAAAUCCUAUUAGAUAAAGCAGUUUUAAGAAGUGCAGCAUAUAUUUCCUGUAUUAAAUUUUGUAUUAUAUUUUUCCUAACUGUUCUCUUUGAAAGUAAGAAAAGACAAAGUAUAUCUAUAUAUGAAAGCUUUGGAUCCUGUUGGAGGCCAGACGCUGGGGGGGGGGGCAGUCUUGGGGACUCCCCUGCUGUCAGACUGUGCCUUGGCGGCCCCAGAGACCGUCGCUGACAUUCCCCCGGUGCUCAGGUGCUGGCCUAAGAGGCAUUCUCCCUCUGCCUCUGUCUCCAUAACCAAACUCCCGCCGUGUGCCAGGCUGGGCCGGGCGCUGCCAUGUCCACAUUCUUCUGAGACCGGUUGCCUUGGCACGCUCUCCUGCUUUUGUCACAUUGACCACACUGGUAAAUUGCAUGGCAGCUCAUCAAGAACUGUGGUACCGCUGUGGGUUUAUUUCCCAAUUUGGUCCUUUGAUGUCACUUCCUGUGCUGUCUCAUUGGUUCUUUUGAAGUCAAAGAGGGUGGUGGUGGGGAAGGAGAGGAAAUAAAACAAUGGCAGCUGAUAAUCUGCUCCUGUCCCACUGAUGGCCCUCAUCGCAGUGUUAUUGGUCACCCACGCCGGUUCCUGAAACUCCUGACUGGAUGACAGCCACAGACUGCUGCAUUUUGUGCUCCUUUAUUUGUUACCUCUAUAUUAUUUCUAGAGUUCAGGUGAAAUAAGCAGAAAAACUAAAGAAGUGAUUGUACAGAGUUUACUGUCUUGGGAAGUAACACAUUGUAUGAACACCAGUGGAGAUGUUCAGGUGCAUUUUCCCAUGUGACUUGUAAACUCUGGCACAGAAGCUCCCAUCCAACAUCCCGAUGUAAAUGGUCUUUUUACCCCGAAUUCUGGUUUUCCAUGUUCAGUUCUGAUGAGAUGAGGGUCAAGUAGCCCCUGUACGAUAUGGUGCAGUGACCCUGCAGAGCUCAGCAAUGCGACAAAGCCCAAAUACGCGCCGUCCGCUUCCCUGAGGAUGCGCCGACUGGCGGCUCAGAGUCAUUUUGAUGCCUUAAACACCGUGAGAGAGAACAACCAACAUUUAUUUAUGGUGGCGUCCGUGGGCCCAUGGUGGCCGUGAGGACAGGCAUGAUGGGAGGCGAGAAGCUUCUGUGCCACAGGGAUGGGAACACAUCGUGUGCCGGGACCGGCACACUGCAGCAUCCAUUCUGUGUGCAUAUCUACCUGGUGCUGGCUGCAAUCUGUAGCACACAUGUUGUGCUCUAUCAUUCUUUCAUUGUAAGAUAAAUACAUUUUAUACGUAAA